AUGUGUAACCUCAAUGCACUUGGAGUCUACCUUUGGGAGACCGUAGUAUUCUUCAGCCUCGCCGCUUCCAAAGAAACUGGAGCAGCAGCCCGAUCCGCUCCUAAACUUAUGUCCCCUUCAGAUUUCCUGGAUAAACUGAUGGGAAGGACGUCAGGAUAUGAUGCCAGAAUCAGGCCCAAUUUUAAAGGGCCUCCAGUGAAUGUCAGCUGCAACAUUUUCAUCAACAGUUUUGGGUCUAUUGCAGAAACUACUAUGGAUUACAGAGUGAAUAUUUUCUUGCGGCAGCAGUGGAAUGAUCCCCGGCUGGCUUACAAUGAAUAUCCAGAUGAUGCCCUGGAUUUGGACCCAUCCAUGUUGGAUUCCAUCUGGAAACCAGAUCUGUUUUUUGCUAAUGAGAAAGGGGCCCACUUUCACGAGAUCACCACAGAUAACAAACUCCUGCGUAUCUCCAAAAACGGCAAUGUCCUGUACAGCAUCAGGAUCACCCUGACACUGGCUUGCCCCAUGGAUCUGAAGAACUUUCCCAUGGACGUCCAGACGUGUAUCAUGCAGUUAGAAAGCUUUGGCUACACAAUGAAUGAUCUGAUAUUUGAGUGGCAAGAAAAUGGAGCCGUGCAGGUUGCUGAUGGGUUAACUUUGCCUCAGUUCAUCCUAAAGGAAGAAAAAGACUUGCGCUACUGCACUAAGCAUUACAAUACAGGGAAGUUCACCUGCAUUGAAGCCCGUUUCCAUCUGGAACGACAGAUGGGCUACUACCUGAUCCAGAUGUACAUCCCCAGCUUGCUGAUUGUAAUUCUCUCCUGGAUCUCCUUCUGGAUUAACAUGGAUGCUGCUCCUGCGCGUGUUGGCCUGGGUAUCACUACUGUGCUCACUAUGACUACACAAAGCUCUGGUUCCCGAGCCUCCUUGCCCAAGGUAUCCUAUGUAAAGGCCAUUGAUAUUUGGAUGGCUGUGUGCCUGCUGUUUGUGUUCUCAGCUCUUCUGGAAUAUGCUGCUGUCAACUUUGUGUCCCGGCAGCACAAAGAGCUGCUCAGGUUCAGGAGAAGGAGGCGGCACCAUAAGAGCCCUAUGUUCAAUAUAUUUCAGGAGGAUGAUACUGGGGAAGGCAGGUUCAACUUUUCUGCCUAUGGGAUGGGGCCUGCCUGCCUGCAAGCCAAGGAUGGCAUCUCGGUCAAAGGCGCAAACAACAACAACACGACAAACCCAGCCCCACCUCCUUCAAAGUCUCCUGAUGAAAUGCGCAAGCUUUUUAUCCAGCGAGCCAAGAAGAUAGAUAAGAUCUCGCGCAUCGGCUUCCCCAUGGCUUUCCUCAUCUUCAACAUUUUCUACUGGAUUAUCUACAAGAUUGUCCGAAGGGAAGAUGUACACAACCAAUGA